AUGAGCGCCCCUUUGAGCUCUGAAGAGCUGCGACAGUACACGGCCAUCAUCGACGGUAUCCUCGCCACAGCCAACCUCGAAACCAUCUCGCGCAAGAAGAUUCGGCAGGGUCUCGAAACUUCGCUUGGCGGCAAGGACCUCAGCGAGCAGAAGGUAUCACAUGCGCGCAACCUUGUCCCGCCAAUUGUGCAAGUCGCUAACCCACUGCAACAGGACGCUGUCAAGAAGCUAAUCGAAGCACGUUUUGACGCCGUCUCGGGUGCUGACGCCGACGACGCCCAGGCCUCGCCUGACCCCGAGCCCACACCCAGCAAGCGCUCUGCCACGAAUGGCUACAACCACUACGACUCGGAUGCUUCGGCCGGCUCCGAGCCCGCCAAGAAGAAGGCGAAGCGAUCAUCGUCGGUGGAAGACGCCGACGCCAAGUUGGCGGCCCAGCUACAGGCGCAAGAGAACCGACUGGCUCGAGGCCGCACUACGCGCGGUGGCGACAAGCCGAGCAGCGGCAAAAAGAAGCGUGCCCCGAAGAAGAAGAGCGCCAAGCGCGUCCGCGACGACGACGAUAGCGACAUUAAUGGAAGCGACGCUCCUCCCAAACGAAAGGCUGGUGGAGGGUUUCAAAAGCCAUUUAACCUGAGCGACAGCCUCUCCGUUCUGUGCGGAGAAACACAGCUCUCGCGUCCCCAGGUCGUCAAGAAGCUCUGGGAACACAUCAAAGCCAACGAACUCCAGGAUCCCAAGGAUAAGCGCCAAAUCCUUUGCGACGAUCGAAUGUUUGCUGUGUUUAGGCAACCCAGGGUGGACAUGUUUAAGAUGAACAAGGAGAUUGGUCAACAUCUCUACCCCGUCGGCGAGGAGUAG